ACACUGAACACUAGUCCGCCUUUAGCUUAGUAGUGGUGUAGUUCAUCUAUAGCCUAACGUUAGCUUUUUACUUGUGCUGAUUGCAUUUACACUUCAACAAUCAUAGAAGUGGUGUUCAUUUGUGAGGAUUAUCUUGCUUAACAAAAUAAUCCGAUUGGCUUUUUGUCGAGGACACCAGGGCGAUGCUAACUUCUGGGUUGGCCUACAAUUAUACAUCAUCUCUGGAGCACUCUAUUCGGAUGUGUGUCUGUGUCUCGACACACCACUGCAGCUUUUGUUUGUGUUUGAAGCCCUAGGAAUAUCUACUGAGAUUACGUCACAGUACAAAGGGCAUUACUGCAUCCCAUAUAUAAGACUAUUUCACACAAAGACAACACAGAAGAUAGCAGUAGUAGCAAGAAGAGAAAUCUGGGAUUAUGAAUGAUUAUGAUGAAACCACAGCCUUCCUGGGUCAUUGGGGACAUUUCCAAAAGGUUGUCUUCUUCCUGCUCUGUGUCAACACUAUCCCCAAUGGAACUGGAACUUUAUCCAUUGUCUUCGUGGCUGACAUUCCCAGUCAUCACUGUACGGUUCCUGAAGUGAACCUGACCCAAGACUGGCUCAAUGCCAUCAUCCCAUGUUUGGUGGUGAAUGGGGAACAGGAGCUGAGCAGAUGCAGCAGGUACAGGCUGGAUGUGGUCAGAAAUCUCUCUGCACAGGGAUUGAUACCUGGCAGAGACGUCAACUUCACUGACCUGGAGCAGGAGGGCUGUGUGGACGGAUGGAUCUACAGCAAAGACAUCUACCAGUCUACCAUAGUCUCUCAGUUUGAUCUAGUGUGCAGUGAUCACUGGAAGCAGCCGUUUACCACCACCAUUUACUUUCUUGGAGUUCUUGUUGGAUCUUUCUUCUCAGGACAGCUCUCAGACAGAUAUGGAAGGAAGCCUGUAUUCUUCGCAGCCAUGGCAAUUCAGACGAUUUUUACCUUUGCUCAAAUCUUCUCCGCUUCAUGGCCGGUGUUCUCCAUCCUCCUCUUCUUCGGUGGUUUGGGACAGAUCGCCAACUACAUAGCUGCUUUUGUGCUGGGAAUGGAGAUCUUAACUGGCAAUGUACGGAUCCUGUUCUCAUCACUGGGUGUGUGUCUGUUUUUUGCUUUUGGCUACAUGAUGCUGCCACUCUUUGCUUACUUUUUAAGGGACUGGAAAUCUCUCCUGCUGGCUAUCUCAUUGCCUGGCCUGCUUUACAUCCCCCUCUGGUGGUUCAUCCCAGAGUCUCCUCGGUGGUUGGUCUCUCAGGGACGACUGAAGGAGGCUGAGGCCAUCGUGAGAAAUGCAGCUAAGCAGAACAAAGUUGAGGCUCCACAGAUCAUCUUUAGAAAGAUGCUGUCUAAAGAACAGGAAAACUACACUGUCUUUGAUCUGAUAAGAACCAGUGACAUCAGAGCCACAACACUCAUUCUUUGCCUGGUGUGGAUCACUCUGAGUAUAGGCUAUUUUGGCCUGUCCCUGAACUCAUCGCAACUGACUGCUGACCCCUAUAUCAGCUGUUUCAUCUCCGCAGCUGUAGAGGUGCCAUCGUUCAUUAUCAGCUGGCUGGUUCUAAAACGCUUUCCACGACGGCUGUCUACCAGUUUUACAUUGCUCCUGGGAGGAGUGUCCCUGUACUUCAUUCAGCUGGUGCCUCUAACUUUACCAGAGAUGUCUGUUGCACUGGCGAUGCUGGGUAAAAGCAGCUUUGCCACCAGUUUUGCCCUGAUGUAUGUCUACACGUCAGAGCUUUAUCCAACAAUGCUCAGGAACACAGCAGCAGGGACAUGCUCCACAUUUUCCAGAUUGGGCACGUGCCUUGCACCUUUUUUGUUACAGCUCAGUGUAUACUUCAAGUACCUGCCUUAUAUUAUACUGGGGACUCUGGCUGUUGUGUCUGCCUUUACCACUCUCAUGCUACCAGAGAGUUUUGGACGGCCUCUACCUGAAACUUUACAACAGAUGCUCAAGAGAGAAAGGAUUAAGUGUCCCUGCAUCACUCGAAAAGAAACACCAGAACCUGAUGUGCUUUUGGAAAGUCAACUGUGAUCCAUUAAUGCAUUAUUUAAAUAGACAAAUUGUAAUUGUGUAUAAUUAUUACUGUUAAUAUUUUUCCU